AGCUUUGAUUCGGCCAACAAACCCAGCGCCUGUCUACAAACCCAUGGCACGUGCCAGCCUGCACUCCGGCGCCGCUUCUGCGUUCGGCGACGACCAGGACCGCCAGCGGCUAGACGCCCUGAUCCAGCAACAUUUGGACCAGCGACUAGGCCCCUAUCUGCUGCUCCCGGACAAGGCCGCCUACAUACAGGCGGCACACACGUUGCCCGACACAGCGACGGAGUAUUUCUGCAUCUUGGCCAAGGCGGCGCUUCCCGGCCACCACUGGCUAUGGCUCCACGUGAUCGCUCGCCUAGCCCAGAUCAGCAACGCGCUCUUGCACCAGCGGCAGCUACUUGCAGCCACGCUGGAUAUCCACGUGACCGGCGCCACGGCCUUCUUGGCGCCCGUGUGGCAGCAGGUGGCGCGCCACGCCGAGACGCUCUUUGACGCGGCCGACGCGGCGUUCCUUCUCGCCGACAGCAGGGCCCAGGCCCUCUUUUGCGCGUGCGUGGACGCCGCCAUGCGGCUUUGUGCCGCGGACCAGGCGCCUUUGAAACACGGCCUGCUCGUGGCCUCCGCGGGGCGGGCCGUAGCGCGCUAUUUUGCCGCCGGCCAGGCCCAGCCCCAGACUGACUUGUACCGAUUGAAGCUCGGCUUGGUGGCGCCGCUCGUGGCGCUCGCGCAAGCAGCAGUGGUCACGGGCGUGCCGCGGGCGGUGCUCCCGCUCAUGUUUCCCGCGGCCCCGGCCGAGCCCGCGGUCUCGGAGACGGCUCUCCCGCACGUUGUCCUUGAUCCGGCGGUGUCCUUGGGCCUCAUCACCGACUACUACCGCUACUUCGCGUUCUGCCUCGUGACCAGCGUUGUCGAGGCAGCCGCGAUCGACGAUGUGCUCACCAGCAAGGCGGACGUGUUCUUGCGCGUGUUGCUCGCGCUCCCGCACCUCCACUUGUCCAACUAUAUGACCGACGCCGUCGGUGUGGGCGCGGCGCCGCAGAGCACGCAGCCACGCGUGGUCUCGCCCGCCGCGCGCGAGGAAAUCGCGUUUUUCUACCUCCUCAACUGCUUGCUCCGAUUGCGCUCGUUGCCGCAGUUCGCUGCGCCGCCCCAAACCUUCACCAGCGAGCGCCGCUUCUUCGUCGCCUCGUUCAACAAGCGGUGCGGCGCCGAGCUCGACUUCUCGGCGUCCGCGUCCCUGUCCCGCACUGGAAGCGUGGUGUCCAUGACGCGUAUGGCGGACCCUUCGCCGCUGCACGUGCCUCCGGCCCAUGUCAUGCUCAGCUGCGUUCUCACGGAAGGCACGUACAAGGAGAAGGUGCGCCUCGUGGCCGAGUUCAUCAGCCUCGCGGGCGACCCCCCAGCCGCGGGCUCCGUCAAGUGCUUGGUGGAGACUUUCGAUAUGAGCGCCCUGCACCAGCGCACCAACAACUUCGCCAUGGGAGCCCACGACGUGCUGCGCCUCGUCCACCGAAUCGACCCGCAGCAGUACCCAGGAAAGGUCUUGUAUGUCAAGGCAAUCGACAUGGUGGUCAGGCUCUUGCAGCUCGUGGCGCUUAAGCACUUCAUCCCCGUAUUCAACUGCUCGCUCAGCCCAGCAGAGCUCUUGGCGCGCCUUUUCAAAACAAAUUAUCUGCUACGCGACGUCUUGCUGGUCAAAGAUCUUCUCUGCUGUGACAGCAAUGAAUUGCUCAGUGUGCAACACCGCGGUCCUCUGUCUGAACACGACUUGCUCUCCGCCCAGUUUCGCCUUUUGGAAACCACCCGCAUGCUCAAAAACGACGUCCAGAAAUUGAUCUAGUCUGGUUGUGUUCACGGCAGCAAUUGAUGUUUGCUUAAUGCAAUGUUCUGGCUUUAUGCGUGCGAGCAGCAACCUUGGUCUGGACUUUUGUUCCAACUGAUGAUACGCGGCCAAAAUCGGUAUGCUGAUUCUGCGAAUAGCAUUUGACAUUGGAUGAUUGUUGGCUCGCAAUGGCGUUGAGGCUUCAUUGCCACAUUUCGAAAGGACAGAAAGGUCGAAAAUUUGAAAAUGGCUUUCUUCCUUCGUGACCCGGAUGCAUACCCUGAAACGACGUAUUUUAAUAAAUCAAGCCAUCGGUUGGGUACACGAAUAAAGUACGGUAGACACUUCUCUAUUUUUUUUUUUUGCUCUUUAUCUGAUUAGAAGAACAAAACUAG